AUGAUUGGAUGGCCUCCGGUAAUCACAUCAAACAAAAAGGCCAGGAAUGUUUCUGGGGGAUUUCUCCAGCUCACGGGUGAGCUCGUAUGUGACGUUUCCUUUGACGGGACUCAAUUCAAGGGAACAUUGUACCUCACCAAGCGUCCGAACCUCAACCUUAUUGGUCUCGACUGGAUCGAGAAGCUCGGUCUCCUCGCACUGCCACUUAACUACAUUUGCAAUAGUGUGCAGUCAACUUGGACGAGUCCCGCAGCAUCUAAUCAGCUGGCUGCGAAGCUGACAUCGACUCUACAGGAGAAAAUUGCUUCAGUUUUUCAAGACGGUCUUGGUGACUGCAAUCAGAUGAAACACACCGAAUGUACUGACGCGACAAAUUCAAGACCAAAUGUAUCCCGGGAACUGCUACUUGACACUUUCGAUUUGCCUAACCCAAGGCAAGAAACCGCAGUUACAGUGCAAAUUCAAGAUCCUCAAUACCUUAGAUGA